CGCGCGCAGUACUUACCGGGUUGAAAGGAGCGCGAGAAGGAUGGAGGGCGACCCGCAAGUGAGCUCGAGCACUACGGAAUAGGGCGGAGGGAAGGAGUUUGUGAGCCAGCACAGAUCUCGCGGGGUACGCUGUGCUAUGCCUUUCCCAAAACGCACCGUGGAGCCUCCGCUGCUCUGCAGGCGCGCAGUCCCGCGCGGCGACGCCGCCUCGCCUUUCGACGACCUGUGCGCCGUCAGCAAUGUGGCUCUCUCGCGCACCCUGCGACAGCUCUCGGACCUGGCGAAGCACGCCAGCUCGCUCUUCCACGAGCUGGAGAACGAGCUCGUGUCUACGAACCACAGGGUCUGGGCUCUGCGAGCCAAAAUAGGCAGGCUACAGCAGAGCGCGAGCGAACUGGACCCUAAACAGGAGGCAGUGCCUGUGUCUAAUCUGGACGUGGAGAGUAAGUUGUGUGGGCAUUACCAGUCAGCGUGGCACCUACAGAGAAACAUCUUCCUGCCGGGCACCCGGCCAGCAUGCGUGGAAGAGCUCCACCACCGCGCCAAGCAGAGGCUGCCAGCUCUCUACCGAGAUCAGCAGCAGAGACAGGAAGCCAGUGAGCGUGAGCAGAAGGUGAUUGCGCCUUUCUUCAAUGUCCCACCCAUACCUGUCUACGCCCACACCGUCAGGAUCGGGGAGCGCCUCCAGACGUUUGAGAGUGUCCAGUCCUCUUCCACUGCAGAAUGCUGCCACUUCGCCCGCUGGAGCAGAAAGACCACAGCCGAUCCCGACCAGGAGGACGCGCUUCUCGGUCAGCGGCCCAAGUGUCCUGUCCCCAACGUGCCCUCCACGCUGGACAAGCAGACCAACUGGACAGGCACGCUUCCGCUGCCCACCCCGGAAGACCGGAUGAAGAGCCAAUCACGAGCCAUAGCUUCCUGCGUGGUGCCCAUCGACGUCACAGAGGAGGUACCCAUUGACGCCCCUCCCUCAGAGAUGACAGCCUUCCUCAGGGCCGGGUUCGACAGAGAGGCCAGUGUGCGCUACUCACUGGUCCAUUCGCAGUCUGUACUGCAGCGGAGACGCAGACCACGGAGACGGAAGGUUGCCGUAGGCGUUCCCAGACGAGGCCACAACGAGGCAGACUCCGACGAGUCUCCGGUUGCUCGAGAGCGGACUGUGAUAGUGCACGCCAGCCCUGGCACUUGUGAGGAGGAUCUCACACUAGCUGGCCUCAACACCAGGGACUCCGGCUGCCAGACGGAGGACUUGCUAGCAUCUGUGGCAGCACCAUCUCGCAGACGGAUCGGAGCUCAAAGAGGGCGGGGAGGGAACGUUCCACUGUCCCAUUCUACGGGGAACAUCUCCUCACUGCCAGAUGACUCGGACGGCACGUUUUCUGCCUCCGCUGGCAACCGCUUGCGCUCCCGUAGCCUGCCUCGCGAGGGCGGCCGGUCGGCCGACGACGAUGAAGAGGGAGAAGACGAACUUUCCCCCUUUGAGACAGAAGACUUCCUUCCAAUGCCAGGAGACUGCAAGAUAAAAGACAACAUAGAUGGCCCAGACGACAAGGAAGCAUCAGAGAGGCAGCUAGGCAGACCAGAGAGGCAGCUAGGGAGCCUGAAGUUCAAGCAAGCAGCAGAGAGGCAGGGGCACGUCUGGACGGAGAGGGGUCGGACACGACUGCCUCGCAAAUCUGACGUGGAAAGUUGUGAGAUUUCAUCAAGCUCCGAUACAUUCAGCAGUCCCGUCCACUCCAACACCGGCGCGCUGGCCAGCCAGGUGGACCACAAAGAUGACCACCAGUCUUCCAGCGGAAACUGGAGUGGCAGCAGCUCUACCUGCCCUUCCCAGACGUCAGAGACGAUGCCCCCUGCUGCCUCCCCCCCACUGACUGGAUCCUCACACUGUGACUCGGAGUUGUCCCUGAAUGCGACUCCUAACGCCAGUGAAGACUCUGCAGGAGUCAGUGUCGAUCCCUACUCGGGAGACCAACGCCGAGGGCUCGGGGCAGACCAAACGGAAUCGUGUGCUUCCACCGCAACCGACAUGCUGGACGACGCUGGAGUCAGCACUGCUAGCGAAGGCGAGUGGAGCUGUGCUCAGUACGGGUACAACACAUGCUGCCACCCUGACUUCAGUCCUGAACACUCCAGGGUAGAAGAGGACUGUCCCAGCUUGGACUGUCCCAGUUUCACCAGUAUAGCCACGUUAGAGAGCUUAGACAGGCCUCCGUCUGAAAAGGCCGACACCGUGUCGCACUUCUCCGUGGAUGCUGAAGGCUACUACACGUCCAUGCACUUUGACUGUGGUCUUAAAGGUAGCAAAAACCUCUCACAUAACUAUGCAUCGGCGGACCAGCAUGAGGAAGAGCACGGUGGUCCGGCCAGGCUCGGGAGAUGCAGUCUCUCGCUGCGGAAACUAAAGGUGAAACCCUCACCACCAGAACGCAGCACGUCCUUGAAGAAGAUAAGCAGCCACGCAGGAGCAUCUGCAGAAACAUGCCAACCAAAGAUUACUGCUGAGCAGCUCCUACCAGUGUCUUCCAAGGAGAGGAAGUUGCAGUCAGGCUCGACUGAGCCCUAUGACCAAACAGAGGGGGAGGAGCCCGUGCAACUCUGGGGAGCACAGAGUUCUAAUGACACUCAAGGUGUCGAUUUAAUUGGCCCCACGGAGACCCAUUCCUUCAAAGAUGAGGGGGCUGUCCAGGCUGACUAUGCAGACCUCUGGCUUUUAAAUGACUUGAAAUCCAGUGACCCUUACCACUCAUUGUCAAACUCCAGCACUGCUACAGGUACAACUGUCAUUGAGUGCAUAAAGUCCCAACAGAGCUCAGAGUCCCAGACCUCCCAGUCUGGCUCAAGGGUCACCACUCCUACGCUGCCACCCGUAGAAAGUGAACUCAGACUGCCCUCCCCAGAGAAGCUAGCAGGUCUCGCAUCUCCUUCCAGUGGCUAUUCGAGCCAGUCAGAAACACCAACGUCCUGCAUCCCCUUGGCCUUCUUCCCCAACCCAAACCCUCUCUCCCCGACUCGUGGAAAGAGGAAACCAAAAGUCCCCGAGAGGAGGUCCUCCCUCACCUCACUGCGGCAGCACGUAUCUAAGGGGGACCUCGAGCUUCCCAUUAUACCUCCUACACACCUCAACCUAAGUGCCCUUCACAGUGUCAGCAAGCCUCUAACCUACAGGAACCUGCCCGUCCUCCACCAGAACAAAACGAAAGUAGCAGCAGAGCAGACUGAGGCUGGACGUCCUUCCACUGCGAACAUGCAACCUGACAGCUGGAGCCCGUUUGCUGUCACGCCUAUGGUGCUACGUUCUGUCCAGCUACGCUCAGUGGGCAAACCCGUCGAAGGGAAACACAGUCACUCUUGUACAGAUGCUGCCACAAGACCCAAGUGCCCCAAAGCCAGGAAGCCACCACCAUGCGGGACGUUCUCCGCUCAAGCCACGUCUCAGGAGAGCUGUGACUCGCUCUCUACACCUGGAGACGAAGUUGCUUUUGUGAGUUUAGCGAGUCAGGUUACUGCUAGAAACAGAUAUGACAGAUUGGCUCCAGCACCUCUUUUAAACAUGGCUGCUUUCAGCGCAACUUCUGAGCAGGUGAGAAAAGAUGGUAUCGUUGCAGAUGUAUCCCAGAUUGCAGUAGGUAAAAAAGUACCUGCUGAACCACACACAAGCACUUCAAAGGAGACUUACCCUCAGAGCAGUGUGGAAACGGACAAGGACCAACCGGUAAGAUCUGAGCCAACUGAAGAAGCCACAAAAACAAGGUCCCCAUUGGGCCACCGUGGUAUAGACAAGAGCGCUGAUCUGAGUUUUAGUCAAGUGCCUGAUUUUAUCCAUCAGUCAUCACUUGAAUCAACAAAAAAUAAUCAGAUCGGUGAGGCCGGUAGUCAAGAAGAGGAAUCUGAAACAUGGGGUGUUCCUACCAGAAGUGCCUCAGAGGAGAGUGUGGACGAAGGGUCAACACCAGACACAGAGGGUUACUUUAGCAAAGAAUCCACUCCCAGUGAUCCUUUAGUGUCCCCCCUUACGGAUGACUCAAGAACAGAGGAGGAAGUUUUCCUUUCUCCUAGUAAAUCCCGUACAACAGAGGACCUCUUCGCCAUGAUCCACAGGUCAAAAAGGAAAGUGUUCGGCAGAAAGGAUUCUGGAGAGACCCCGUUGCGGAGUAGCCUCAGUAUGUCCUCUGCCUCAGCUAGCCCUCCCAUAGCAUCGUCCACUACCCCCGUCACGCCCACAACCCCGACCAACUCACAGAGAGCCUCGGGACCACUAUACAGGAGCAUCAAAAAAUCCAGCACCUCCAAUGAGGAAUUCAAACUGCUACUGCUGAAAAAGGGAAGUCGCUCCGAUUCCAGCUACCGCAUGUCCGCCACAGAGAUCCUAAAAAGUCCCAUUGCACCCAGAAGCUUUGGUGACCCCCAGUUGGAAGGUAGCAGGCACCAGGAGGAGUUCCCCUCCCCGGUGGUGCUGCUGUCUCCUGAACGAGUCCCCGAGCAUCUUCCAAGCCCUUACCCCAAAGCCAUCGUGGAGGGCUUCUCCACAAAACCGUUCCCCACAGCUGCGUCUUCCCGACAAGGGCGCUCAAGGAUUCCCCCAGCUGCAAGCAGCAGCCGCUACAGCACGCGCAGUCGCCUGUACACGGCACCGAUGCAGGCCAUUUCUGAGGGUGAAACGGAAAACUCCGACGGAAGUCCACACGAUGACCGUUCUUCCUAAACAACAACAAGAACAACAAGUACCUUCUACAAAUGAUGGUCUCUGAACAAGAACACAAAUCCAUCAAAACUGAGGCCAGUUACAUAUUUUUGAAAGGUUUUUUAAAAAGUCAAACUGUACUGAAUUUGUACCAUUUUAUCCCAGUAGGAAAAAAAAAAAAAGAAUCAAUCUGUCAAAAGAUAACAGUGCGCUAUAUAACUUGAGACUUGAUAUUUCAGUAGUGCUGUUGCUUGCAGGGUUCAGCAGUUUCACUCCACCUCUGGUUUCUGGGGAGUCUAUACUGGAGCUGUUCUCAGUCACAAUCAAAUCAUCACUGAGCUGGAAAAAACAAUAAUAAAAGUCCUAAUAUUGUGUAAAGAUUAACUGUGAAAGAACACUGCCCAAACAGUACUUAGAUCUGUCUGUGACAGAGAACGUUAGGACAAUCAGAUAGUGGCCUUUUACACUGUUUAUUGAGGCAAUGCUGAGUUAAUUUACUCAACAAAUGUUUUUAAUAAGGUUUUAAUAAUCUUAGGAGACCAGUUAGACUUUAGUUAGAACUAACACUCGUUUGGCUGAAGUUUUAAAGGUUUAUCUUUGUGGGCUACUAUUUUGCACUACUUUUAAUUUGUAAAGAAAAACAAUAUGAUUUUAUAAUAAAAAUGCUAAGACUUUCUAUAUUAUAUGAAUUUUAAAAGGAAACUAUAUGUUUUAAUAACAAAAAACCAAGCCUCAUUUAUCAAGUGUAUCCGUGAUCAACUCAGAUCACUAAGAGCACAGUGUUUUACACAGAAUGCUGGCAUCACCAUUCUGAAAAUGAGCUUACAUUUCACAACAGGUCGGGUGUUUCCUGGGGUUAAAUCACUAUGACAGCAUGCAGUAGCCGAAGGCAUACAAGCAAUGAGGCUUACACUAGAUCGUUUCAUUUUCCCAAGAAAUAGUUAAAAUGUUUAAAAUUCCACACUACAAUGCAAAUAAACAAUAACAAAUAUGCAAAUAUCCUAAGUAGUGAAGCAAAAAAUGCAGUUUAUUUAAUACUUUAUUUAUUAGCCGGUGGAAUGUAAAAAUAAAUUCAAAAUCCUUUGAAAUGAGAAAACAGACCAUUUAAGGCGUGUGGUAAAGAGCUGUGUAGGUUUGUCAGGUUGUAUUUGGUAACAAAUUUGAACAUAAUCAAGACAGUGCUUUAGGUGUUUAACUGUUAAAAAUUUCUCUCACGUGGAACACUUCAUGAAAUAUUUGAGGAGUACUAGAGUUAUCUUUUAAAAAGUUAUAACAAAUGUCUAAAGUGUUUUGUGAAAGCCGUUGCUAUCUUUCCCGUUAAUUCUUUUUUGUUAUUCAAAUGGAUUAAUUUCAUUUUUAAUUGACCGCAUGGACCCCGUAUCAAGACCGGUGUUCUGUCAGACAAAACCGGAGGUCAUGUCACGGCUAAAAGUGCACACUUGGUUCAACCAGAAUGUGCAAAAUCCCGGUACAGCUCUUUAUCUUGGGCCACAGAAGUAACUGCGUGGAAUAAACACCUGGAAACAUUAGCGCAGCGCUAUUGUAACACGUUAGUGAUCAAACUCUUCUGAGUCCGUUUCAGUUUGUCCUGCAAUACGUGCUGCUUGUAUGUUAAAUGUGCAAACGUGCAAGAUGUUUUUCAGUUGGCGAGCAGAAACCUUAAAAAAGACAGUAGACAGCAGUAAAACUUUACAGGGUUUGAGUAAGCGUAGAAGGACUGCGGUGAGAGACAGCUGGGUAGGAGAAACAGGAAUUUGUACGGGAAUUCUGCUGAUUGGGGUGUGAAGGUGCAAAGCUGAGAAGGGUUAGGAACAUUUAAAGCAAGGGUGUGAAUCUCUGGUUCUGCAGGCGUACGGCUUUGCAGGGGUCAGUGCCAGAACACCUCGGUCGGAUAUUCGGGUACUACCGAAGGCCUGAACCCGUGAGAGCAGCAGGUCUGGCGACGCUGGCAUUUCUGGGGAUACGUCUGUGUGAAAUCAAACGCAACAAGCAUUCAGAACCAUGAGGUUGAGCCCCUGUCAAGGAGCAAAGUCACGUCUGACAGAGAGAAGAAAGGUCUUUAGUGUAGGUGUUAUUGUCCUUGUACGAGUCUUUAUUUUUUUGUUUUUAGCUUUGUCUUUAUCGUUUACUAUCAUUUAAAAUAUUAAUUUUGACAGAAGACAGAGAAAAUAGGAAAAUGUAAAAGUUCAAAGCUAGAACUGUAAGCUUUGGUCACUUUCUAAAAAACGGAAUUAACCACUUAUUUUCAUACAAUAUCCGUUUCAUUGUUGGUACUAAGUUGGAAAGAAACAAUCCUUGAAGUGGACCAUGAAAAGGCACUGUUAUUAAAAUAUUGAAGUGAAAUGAAUUUAAGACAUUUUAUUGAACAUAAAUUUUAUUUAUAGAUUUUUAAAACCUUUUUAUUCAUCAGAUGUUUAAGCUUAGUUCAAGUAACACUGGCUAGGAGACUAUUCUAACCACGCUAAAGUAAGAUAAUGAUAUAAGCUAUUAGUUACAUCUUCAGAUGAUUUUUUUCCUAUUGGAGUAGUUGCCAGGUUUGCUGUCCAGUGUCCGCAUAUAACAGUGGUGUGUACAGGAACAGUAGAACCGCCACUCACACUCACAGACAACACAGCACACUAAUCUUCUGUAUUAAAUCCAGUUAGCCAAGCUAGUCACUAACGGCCCUGCGACCAGUAGACCUACAACUGAGAGACAAACAGAUGAUCGUGUCUAGAUGUGACUUUGCUGGCUAACUGCCACUUCUAGCACAUUUAGCAGUCAAUGUCUGUGGGUGCUUAUCCACAAGCCCUUCUGCCUGCACCCUCUUCCACAGAGAACCGUGCACCAGAAGUGGACGGAGGCUGACGCCUGCUCUGUGCUUCUGAGUGUGACCUUAGGAGGCGCACAAGCCAGCCCGUUUACCGGAGCUUCGCACUGAGCAUGUGCAAAACAGCUGUGACUGUCCAGUGGUGUAGUGAAGGGGCGGAGUCAGCACAGCCACACUGUGCGCCAUCAUUCCAUGGUAUUGCACUGAGACAGUACACUAUGUGAAGUUUAUUUGGGGUUUGUUUUUGUUUUGUUUUUUGUACCUAAAGCUAUUUAUCUAGGAUUUCCUUAUGAGACUAUCUGAUAAACAAAAACAAUUAAAUCCAAAUGAAUAAACCAAAAUAGGCUUGAAGGGUCCUGACGCUCAGAGGUACAUUUGUAUACUGGAGAGUUUACGAGUUGUACUGGUGCAUGAAGCACAUUGGUACAUGCUGAUUAAGGGCAACAUCCAGACUCAUGUAUACACCAAGGAAAACACCAAGGGAAAGUGGGUCCUGGUGUUUAUGGCACAAGCUCCACCUCACUCUCACCCAAAGCUUUGGACAACCAGUAAGCAUAACUUUUGUGUUUUUGUUUUUUUGUACAGAUUUUGUAAAUACGAUACCUUUUUAAAUGAUGUUACAAUGGUGUUCCUUUUGUAAAAUGUUUUCCAAGUUUACAUGAAUCCCAAGCCUUUGUAAAUGUUUGGAGCUGUGCCACACGUUGGGUCUUGUAUUUAUUUUCCUAAGCUUGAUGGAAACGUCCCUGGUUUCUUUCCCCUGGUGCUGGAGUGCAGCUUCAGGAGGAGAAUAAACAUCACUGCAGUGAAAA